AGUUUAGAAAUUUAGAUAAUUAUUUUCAAAUUAGUAGUGGCACAGUGUUCAUUGUUGUGUUAAUAAAGAAGCUGCAGUCAUAAUGGUUUAUUACUAGUGGCUCAGAAAAAAAAAAAAACACAGCAGCAUUUUGUGAGAAGCAAGAGCCGUAGGGAGAUAACUUUGUUUGCAUUACCUUUUACUGUGGCCAUCUGCACCUUCCUUCCGUGAGACUUAGUGUGCACUGCUGAAACCUCAAAAAGGAAGUAGGCGCGGCAUAUGUUGACAGACUGUGAUGCACAAUAUAUAUCCAUUCCAUGAUGUCAAUUGUUUGUCAAAAGACAGUGGUGUGAAGAACAAGAGAGCAUGAUAUUUUUGAUGAACCUUUUGUACAUUUGAUUUUGUUAUUUUUACGGACUUCGAUAGUUUUUUUUUUUUUCCCUCUGGAAUUCAUUUGGACUAACAAUUUUGGAGUGAAUAUUUCUUGGUUAACAAGCACAUUUUCUCCAAGAACUGAGAAUGAGAAAUAUUUUGUGCUUCUAAGGAAAGAGUGACUCUUAUCUGUUGCGUAUCUAUAUUUAACUUUGUUGCAAUGCCCGGGAUUGUUCUCGAGGCUAGAGACUUUGCAAGUCCUCUUUUUUUGGUGAGGUCAUGCGAGGUCCUAUUUAGUUGUACUACAUUCAGUCUGGUGACUGCACUAGAAUCAUCAGAGCUAACCAAGAAUCCGCUGCAUCUUCAACACCUCCCCACCAUCAAGAUCUUCUGCAUAUUUACCUGGUGCUUCUUCUUCACAGUUACCCUGCUGAUCCACUUUCUCAGCACCAUCCAGUUUCACAGCCUCCUUCCAGUGUCAUGGAAAAACCUGACUGCGACCGUGGCAGUUUUGGGGUCUCUGAUGUGUCUCAGUGCCUCCGUAUUUUUUCCAUGGCUCAUCAUGGAGCGCCAAAAGGCCUGGCCACGACCUGUGGCGGCUACCGUGACAUCAGUCCUCACUUUCCUCGCCUAUGUCUCGGAGUCCUACGUCCUCUGCUCCCAAGUCCAGGAGCAAAAAGGUUUUAUGGGCAGCCUACCUGGUCUUCUCAAGAUUGUGCAACUUUGGGGAGGUUUUCAGGUGAUUCCUCUGUUUGUGGAAGCAGAUCAUGGCCUGUACAAUGGAUUUCAUCGUUGGCAGCCGUGGGUGUCUGGAAUGUCUUAUGGCGUCUGUAUCCUCAUGUCUCUUGUCACAAUGGUAGUAAUAUUGGGUGAAUUUGCAGGGCGGUGUCGUCUCCGUUUUGACAGAUUAAUGGUUGUUUUCACUAUUAUUGGAUUCCUGCUAUAUAUGGUUGCUACCGUAAUUUGUUUUAACAAGCCACUACAGCUAAUCAACAGUGAAAACAAAAGUUCAGAGCUGGUUAUAAUGGAGGCAGUGGUUGCUUUUAUCACACUGUUAUCUUAUACUGUGGACCUUACAUUCUCUAUUAAAAUCUUGUGUGACAGGAGUCACACAUGAAUGAACUCUUUGUGAUAAA